AUGCCUGCAACACGUCAUACAACGCACGUCGUCGAGCCCGUCUAUGCGACACCCGUAAUUCGCGCGCCUUCACCAGCGGAAUCGAUCAACACCGAAUAUGGUCGAGAUGAGAGCUCCGUAAUGGAUGCGGAUGUUGAUGAUGAGGAAUUUGCGCGUAGGACCGAGGAGCAAAUCGGAUUGAGGCGGACAACUUGGGCAGAGGCAGGACCUCCCAAACCAGUCAUUCUCCCAAGGACAAAGGAUGCUAAAGAAGAGCAAAUGAUGUUCGAGCGCGUGAUGAAGAAUUUACGAGAAAAGGUCAAAGAGCUUGAAGACGAAGAGCUCUACGACACUAUUAUACAACAAAAUCCAGGCCCAGCAUUCUUCACUCCAGAACCCUCAUCCCGAGAUAUCGAGACUAUCAUGCGCAGCAUGUUACCAUCAUCCAAACCAGCUCAAAGCUCGUCUGGCUAUCCAGCGAGCCACAUUUCGGAUCAUCCUUCCAGCUACACUAUUCAGAUAUCAAGAAUGAACGGAGAGAGCAGUGGUGCCACCGUAACAGGACCUCGUUAUCCGGGAAAUCUGAGUAGGAAUCAAUAA